AUGGGUGUCCUGGAGAGGAUCAAGGAGAUCGAGCUGGAAAUGGGGCGCACGCAGAAGAACAAAGCCACAGAGUACCAUCUGGGUCAGCUCAAGGCCAAACUAGCUCGCCUGCGAACACAGCUGCUCGAACCAGCCAAGGGUUCGUCAGGCGCGGGCGAGGGGUUUGAGGUGACCAAGUUCGGGCACGGGCGAGUGGCACUCAUCGGCUUUCCUAGUGUGGGAAAGUCCACCCUCCUCACUGUCCUCACUGGCACUCGCUCCGAGGCGGCAGCGUACGAGUUCACCACGCUGACGUGCAUUCCUGGGAUCAUUAAUUACAAUGAUACCAAGAUUCAGCUGCUGGAUCUGCCGGGGAUUAUCGAGGGCGCGUCUCAGGGCAAGGGGCGCGGGAGACAGGUCAUUGCAGUCGCCAAGUCAUCUGAUCUCGUGCUCAUGGUGCUCGAUGCCUCCAAGACCGAGGCCCACCGUCAGAUUCUAACCAAGGAGCUCGAAUCCGUGGGGCUGCGUCUCAACAAGCAGCCGCCCAAUAUCUACUUCAAGAAGAAGAAGACGGGCGGCAUCUCAUUCAACUCCACUGGCCCUCUGUCACACAUAGAUGAGAAGCUGUGCUACCAGAUCCUGCACGAGUACAAGAUUCAUAAUGCUGAGGUGCUGUUCCGCGAGGACAGCACGGUGGACGAUCUCAUCGACGUGAUUGAAGGCAAUCGCAAGUACAUCCGGUGCCUCUACGUGUACAACAAGAUUGAUGUCAUGGGCAUAGACGACGUUGACAGGCUGGCGAGACAGCCGCACUCAGUUGUGAUUUCUGCUAAUCUCGAGCUGAACAUGGAUCAUCUGUUGGCGCGCAUGUGGGAGGAGAUGGGGCUCGUGCGAGUCUACACCAAGCCUCAGGGCCAACAGCCCGACUUUGCUGACCCGGUCGUGCUCUCCACCGACCGUGGAGGGUGCACAGUGCGGGACUUCUGUGACCACAUUCACAGGGGGUUGCUCAAGGAUGUGAAGUAUGUGCUCUGCUGGGGCAUAAGCGUCAAGCACUUCCCGCAGCGCUGCGGUUUGGCGCAUGUUCUGCGGGACGAGGAUGUCGUGCAGAUCGUGAAAAAGAAGCGCUGCGGUUUGGCACAUGUUCUGCGAGACGAGGAUGUCGUGCAGAUCGUGAAGAAGAAGGCCGCGCCCGCGGCGCUAGCGACAAUGGCGGCGACGUUCCCCAACGCGAUGCAGGAGGAGAUGUUCAUGCACGCCGUGGCGGACGAGCUGCGCAACCUGGGCUUUAAGCGCGACAACUGCAUCGCGCUCGUCAACACGUGUCGCGACGAGGUCUGCCGCCCCAUCGUGAACCUCAUCGAUAAGGAGUUUGGGCUCAGCUUUAACAUCGCGGGGCUGGGUGGGCUCGUGAACUGCGGAAAGACGGGGUUCAAGGCGGCCAUGUCGCAUUCGCCAGAGUUCCCGUGCGAAACCGACGGCAAGCCUCGCGAAAGAUACAUCUUCUUCGGCUUCCCCCACGUGUCCAUUGGAGAGAGCGGCGAGGUGGGGUCGCUUCUUCGCCGUGGGCGCGGCAAGCCGUCAUCGGCGUGCGGAGCGCUGAUCGCCAUUAAGGGUGACAUCUCCGCUGGAGGCGAGAUUGAGGAGGACCCGAACAACGCGGAAUACGUUCUGCUGAAAAAGAAGAUCGCCGCUAAGAUCCCCUCUAGCUCAGGCAGCCCUUCCCUGGUGCAAGUGACUCGCGCUGCCCUGCAAGCCAUCACAGACGACCUUGAGAACCUCAUCUCCCUUACAGUCGACCCCGCUACAGCAGACUAUGCUGUCAUUACAGGAGUGCAGAUCCACUCUGGAAACCAGGUUCCUGGGGAAGAUUUCUGUCCUGAGCGCACGUGUGACUACAUCGCACCCAAUGCCAUGUAUGCGGUCAUCAGGGGAGAGAAGCACAUUCUGCACUGCGAAGUGAACCAAAUCACGGGUAUCAGUUCAGUGCCUGCUGACCAGUUUGCUGCCUAA